GGUCAGCGGCUCGGAGGAUCAGGUCGAUCGAUUGGCGCUCCUCGCAGAGACCGGAAGUCACGGCGGCGGCAGCGCGCGGCGGCGGCGGCAGUGACACGCGGGCGUGGUUUGUCACCAGGUGUCGCACGCAUGAGCCCAGCGGCCGGCCAAUGGGGUCGCGGUGACACCGGGGGGUGCGCAUGACCCGGCGGCACCGCCCCCGACCUCGCCGCCGCCAGUGCCACCGCGCCGGAGACGCACCACCGACAGUGCAGCCGAAUGCAGCACCCUCGAUGCAUCCGCUCCGACUCGCUCCCCUCAACUGGGCCUCGGUGGCCUCGUGGUUCCUGCGGCCGCCGCCACCGCGCCUCUCCAACGGCCACGCCAGCCCCCUGAACACGGCCAUCAGGUGCACGGUGCCGGGCUGUCCGUGCGACUGCUUCGUCCCCGGAAAGCUGCAGCUCAGACAGUGCGACUCGUGUAAACACGGAUGGGUGCCGCACGCACUGGACAAACUGGGCCUGGGGCCUGCCGUCGAGCCGGUGCAGGCGUCGGUGGCGUUCGACGUGGCCUCGCUGGUGCUGUACGGCUGCCAGGCGCUGCCCAUCAGACUCAAAAUCCUGCUCGACCGCGUCUUCUCCGUCCUGCAGCGCGACGAGGUGCUCCAGGUGUUGCACGGCUUCGGUUGGAGCCACGACGACUAUUCCAGGGGAUACAUCCUCCAGGAUUCACAAGGAGGGGUGUUAGAACGGUGGAACAUGUGCAGCCGUGAAGAGGAGCCGCUCGUUUUGCAGCAGUUCCUUCGAUUUGGUGAAACAAGAGCAAUAACUCAGCAAUUGUUGGCGUUAGACGCACCCCCUCCCCUUCCUCCUCCUGCGUUGCGACCUCACGCCUCGGACAUCAAACGUUUUAUUUCACAAACACCUCCACUCGCCAAAAAGCCAGCCAGGGACCCUUUGGCGUUCCUGAAAGCACCUCCACCCUCAGCACCACCAACACCCACUGCCUCGCCAGCAAGUUCGGCUCCGAGUCCUUUGAGCAUUUCUCCGCUCAACCGUCUGCAAAGCAUGCAACCGCUAGACUUUCGAAAGGAAAAAACGCCGGAUCGUUCACGAGCAGAAAACAAGGUUUUAAAUUCACUUAAUUUAACGCGAUCGGACAGCGAUAUAGGUUCGGAUGACGAAAACUCAGCUCUGAAUCUGAGCAGGGACGGCCCCGAGUCAUCGGCUCGUGCAAUAAAGCGGCAGUGGAGUCCUCUGGGGGCGACGCUGAUAAACCCUGCGACGGGCAAGAAAAGGGUGCAGUGCAGCGUGUGCAUGAAGACGUUCUGUGAUAAGGGCGCGCUCAAGAUCCACUUUUCUGCGGUGCAUUUGCGUGAAAUGCACAAGUGCACCGUGGACGGGUGCAACAUGAUGUUCAGUUCGCGUCGCAGCCGCAACCGGCACAGCGCCAACCCCAACCCGAAGCUGCACUCGCCGCACCUGAGACGCAAGAUCUCUCCUCACGAUGGGCGCUCUUCCAUCCCUCAUCCACUUCUGCUGCCACCUCCACCCCUGAUGGGGCUCACCUUCGCCCCACGACCCCAGUUUUCAGCCCCUCAUCUUGACUUCUCUUCAGGUGGGUCAAUCUCCUCCGAGGAGGCUGGUCUUGGAGACAGCGACAGCGUUGAAGCUCCGGCAAAGCAACGAAAGAGGAAAAACCAGCAUCCGACACGAAUUGCCGCGCCUUCGAGUGACGACUCCUCGGCAUCUUCAUCCGAAGACGCGUUGCGUCGUCUCGAAGGCCUUGAGCCGCCCUUUCGCGUAGGCCUGGGACUGGGUCACCAGCCGCCCCCGGCCCCAGGCUCUGACGACGCAGGCGACGACUUCGAAGAUGAGGCGCUGCGCUGCUCGGCGUGCGGCCAGCACUUUGACAACCACUUCGGCGCCAAGAUGCACUUCCAGGACGUGCAUCUCAAGUUGAUGCACCGGUGCAGCGUUGACGGCUGCAACGCCGCCUUCCCUUCCAAACGCAGCCGAGACCGGCACAGCGCAAACCUCAACCUCCAUCGCAAGCUGCUAUCAACGACGGACCGACUGUUGCUGCUGUCCGACUUUUCACCGCCGCACUCGCCACUCAACUUCGAACAGAUGGACGCUGGUGAGCACGGCGUCGACGUCAAACCGCUCCUGGACUGCAACGCGUGCGUCAACAGACGUGUCCGCGCUGCUCACUGAAACUCAUUUUUCUCAUAAUAAUGCUCAUCAGCACACGCUUGUAAAUUCCAGUUUUUCCUAAAUCUGUAAAUCUUUAAGUCUGACUUAUUCAAAAUUCGCAUUGAAUAAAAGUGGAUUAAUUAGUUGUCCAACCUAAAAAAUUGUAAGGAUCAUCUGAAUCUCUGAAUUGAUUUAAAUAGAGGGGAAAAUUACGAAUUAGCUUACUUUGUGCUGUUUUAUUAUGUUUAAUUCAAUUAAACCAACUUUUACAUAACUUUUUUAUUAUUACUAUGCCAUCACAUUACUUUGACUUAACCCAGAAUUUCGCCUCAAAUAAACUCGGAAAUUGAUUCAGAAGUUCAAAGCUGGACUCCAAUUUGAGAACAAAUAUCGUGCAAUUUUAAAUAAGAUACUUUUCAAACAUUUUACGCUAGUCUCAAUUUUAAUUUUUAGUUGUAUUUUUCGUUCUGAGUUAGUUUUUCUUUAAUAUGACCACUUUAUUAAUUAUCUGUAAUUAGGAACUGAAAAAAUAUAACUAAUAAAUUUUGGCAAGCCAAUUCAUAGUUGUCGCUGCUCUCGGUGUUGAUACGUAGGUGUCUCAUGUACAGCUCAUCUCAUCUCUCGCAAUUUAUAGCAAUAUACCUCCAAUACGUGUAUAAGUUGAAAGCAAAGUGUUUUAGCCAAGCAAGCAUCAAGUAUAAACGCGCGACCUACGCUCAGUUGAAACUCCCUGAGGGCUGCACGACUUCGUCAUUACACGUGUACAUAUUCGCUCUGUAGUCUGGCAGUCAACGCCAAAGUUGAAAUGACAAAAACAACGAGAAGAGAGUGAGUCGGUCGGCAGGGCGUGCAAAUUAAAAUCCGGCCGUUUUUCGCCAACAGCCAUGACAUCAGAAAAUUUCACUCUCACGUGUACGAAUGUUUUUUGAAUAAAUUAAAUUCUCAUUUGGCAAAAAAAGAAAUUUGCCUAUAACGUAUUUCGAAAUCCUUCUUAAUAAAGGGACCUCAAAAGAGUCUGGUUUUGCGCAGAGAGAAUCGAAAUGAAAAAGUGUUUAAAUUAUAACGAAAUAAAUAAUUAAAAUUAUAAUAAAAGCAUAAUACUUGCUCGGUGUCAGUUGUUUCUGUAAUGCUGGAACGAGACUGCACGGUUCAUUGUUUCUUUUUUACAAAUAGAAUUAAAAAAUAAUAUACUGUUAUCACAACGUAACUCAUAAUUAAUUAUACACGUGGUCCUUUUGAAAUGUAUCAACGGUUGGGUCAAAAACUUUAUACGACAUGUCGAUAUAAAAAAGCAUGGAUUAUAGUAAAAUCUUUUGUGUAUUGAAAGCAACAUUAAAAAUACUGUAAUACGUUUUCUGUUGUACCAUAUUGUACUAAGAAUAGCCCUGUCUCGCGAGUGAGAACGACAACGAACACCACCAACAAUAAGUGAAUUGUUAAUAGCUAAUAAACGACUCUCAUCCAA